AUGCCACCAAAGGGCGAGGCACCUGCCGGAGACAAACCCUACAGAGGGGGCCGCGCAGGAGCGAAGAGGAGGAAGCUUCACUUUUACCAAGCGCAGGACGCUUUGAUCCAACUUGCUGAGUCGGUACAGAACAUAAUCGUGCGCAGGCGGAACUUUGAAGACGUUACCGAGGCCCACUACGACACGAUUAUUAGGUUCGGCCAGAUUACAGAACAGGUCGACGUAUUCCACCCAGUGUGGGCAGACCUGGUCGAGUACUAUCCUGAGUUGUGGACUGCUUUUUCGGACGUGACGGAAGAGCCUGCCACUGGGUCAGGAGCGCGUUGGAGGCCGAAAGCCGCGGCAAAGGCAGCUGGGUCGGGGGGUGCUGCUUCAAGCGAAGCGUCAGGCGCGCCCGCAGAGGGUGCAGCCCCUGGCGCACCGGCGCAGCCGCCCACACCUCCGAAGGCGCCGGCUCUUGGAAUAAGGGGACCCACGCGGGACCUUUAUUACAGGGGCCGGAGCGACCCACUGAGGCAGAGGAGGGUGCCAGCAGAGCCAGAACAGAUCAUUGAAGACACUGGCGCGAGAGCAUCUUCCGAGCCACCGGCUGCCGAGGACGAGGUAGAUCUGUCCAGAGCUGGCGGGAAUCCGGCAGAAGAUUCCCUGCGAUCUGCCAGGCGCGUCCGCACCCCGCCGGCGCGGCGAGCGCAAGAGGAGGCACGCCUGGAGGAGCUUAGGCUCCGCGGCUCGGUGUUUGCCUCUUUUAGGGACGCCGAAGACGCGGAGCCCGAGCAGGCCGAGCAGGCAGAGCAGGAAGCCGGCCGGGAGGAGACCGAGGAGAUAGAGGUAGAGGUCGAGGUUGCCCAAGGCGACGACGGGGGUGCUGCCGUAGGCGCACCGGACGACGAGCCCGCAACCGAAGGCCGACAGGCAGAAGGCGCCGAGGAGGAAGAGGCAGCAGAGGAGGACGAGGCAAUAGACCGUCGUGCCGUGCCCCCCCCGAGGGUGCAGCGCACCGCGCACCAAGGGGACGCAGAAGAAGCACUUAGUGCACCUGAUCCGUUUGAUUUGCCCAACGACGCGUGGAUCGACCCACAUUCUUACCGGGAGGCCUAUACAGCUAGUGGGGUUCCUAGGGGUGUGUCCGUAGCGCGCAUAGACACCAGCUCAGAAGAGGAAGGUAGGCAGCGGGGUGCUGCCUCAGGCGCACCGGCAACACCCAGGGCACCACCACAGAGAAGGCCGUUCCGACAGGGUGAGAUCGUGGAGGCUGAGGUGGAAGAGACAGCGACCUUGAGACGGCGACCCGCGACUCCGGAGGGAGAGCCUCCAACGAGGCGCCCCCGCGUUGUCUUGACCCCAGCGUCCAAGGCAUCAAGCGUCCCCGCCACAGCCAGCGCACCGUUGAGGGCAGAGCCCAUAGAAGCCGUCGAGGAAGCAGGGCCCAGAGAGCGUACAAGGACCCCGCGCCGACCAGAAGCAGCUCCCCCAAAGGGUGCUGCCCAGGCGCACCGGGGUCGAGGGCGCAGCGGGUCCUGGCCGCCCAAGCGGCAAGCAUCUUCUUCACCAGAGGGUGCGGUUUCUGAGGGUGACUCCCCAAGGUCACGUGCACCGGCGACCAAGGAGAGCCUGCCAAAGGCGCGGCAGUCGCAGCCAAAGCUGCCCUCGAAGGUGCCACCCACAGAUAGGCACGGGGUAAAGUAUAAGUCCCCUCCUGUGCCGGCGCCACCCGCGCCAAAGGGGACGGCAGCACAGCCGGUGUUCAAGGGCCCGCCGCACGCUGUGUUUGUGGCUAGCAUCACGAGAGGUGGCCAGGAGCAGCCCAAAGCAACUUCCAAGGCUCCGCCGCCGAUUGUCACCGGCAACCGACAGAAGCUAGCUUAUCACGCGUGGGCACAGCAGGCUAGAGACGAGGAGAACGCCCAGGCCGCAGCUUCAAGCGCGGCAGCUGCCAGUGCUUCCUCGCAAAGGGUGCUUGCUUCGCGCACCGAGGCCACGAUUGUCUUCGACUGGCACCACGUCUUAGACAAGGCCUGGAUCGAGUCCACAGGAGCUACCUGGGAGACCCGCCGUGGCUCCCACGGAUAUUUCAACCUUGAGUUUGUGGACGCGCUCAAAGCAUUCUGCGAGGAGCAUAAGCCACUUCGAUUGGCAAUUUUGAGCUAUAGCACACCCUCUUCAUCGGCGUGGUAUCGUCAUCAUUUCCUCGAAGAGGCCUUAGAGUGCUUGCGUUUGGCGUUGCCGCUGAGCAUCAACCUCAGCAUCGGCCAAACAUAUCAGCGCACUGGCCCCGACGGGAAGGCACAACAGUUGUGCCAGAUAGAGCCGCCAGCAAGUCUCAUUAUUGACGACAAUCGCGGCAUUAUAAAAGAGUGCGCGAAGACAGGCGCGCUCACUGUGCAGGCGCAGAAGGGUGGCGGCGUCGACCAGCUGAUCUACGAGCUCAACCAGGCAAGCGCGUUGAUCAAGCGAACGGGGCGCAACAACCUCCCAAAGGCUCGCCACCUGGAGCCCCGCGAGCUCCUUUACGAGAGGUAG